GGGACUGCCGCUACCUUUCUGGAAGGCGCCGGCCGGCCAGUCCCCGGAGGGAUCCCGCCAGAGGCGGCUCCGCGUCUCCAGCAGCGGGGCAGGGACCCGGGCGCCCCGCCCUCGCCAGCGCCCGCCCCCGCCCGCCCCCGCCCGCCCCCGGCCCGCCCUCCGUAUCUGGCCCCUGGGCAGCUGCCCGGGGAGGCGGCCAGCGAGCUGGGGCCGCGCAAUGUCGCACGGAGCCGGGCUCGUCCGCACCACGUGCAGCAGCGGCAGCGCGCUCGGACCCGGGGCCGGCGCGGCCCAGCCCAGCGCGAGCCCCUUGGAGGGGCUGCUGGACCUCAGCUACCCCCGCACCCACGCGGCCCUGCUGAAAGUGGCGCAAAUGGUCACCCUGCUGAUUGCCUUCAUCUGCGUGCGGAGCUCCCUGUGGACCAACUACAGCGCCUACAGCUACUUUGAAGUGGUCACCAUUUGCGACUUGAUAAUGAUCCUCGCCUUUUACCUGGUCCACCUCUUCCGCUUCUACCGCGUGCUCACCUGUAUCAGCUGGCCCCUGUCGGAACUUCUGCACUAUUUAAUCGGUACCCUGCUCCUCCUCAUCGCCUCCAUUGUGGCAGCUUCCAAGAGUUACAACCAGAGCGGACUGGUAGCCGGAGCGAUCUUUGGUUUCAUGGCCACCUUCCUCUGCAUGGCAAGCAUAUGGCUGUCCUAUAAGAUCUCGUGUGUAACCCAGUCCACAGAUGCAGCCGUCUGAUGAGGCCACAACCCCUAAGCCCCUCAGGAGCUUUGCAGAGAGGAGGACGUGUACUCCAGGCGAGGCCUCUGGACCUGUGUUCCUGUGCCAAAGUCCUGUCAGGCUGGUGGGCACCAGGAAAGGCCUGCACCCUCUUCCUGCUCUCCCAGGAAGCCAGCUCCCUGAGCUCCUGAGCCAGCCGGAAACUCUUCCUCCAGCCUUCCAGGGAGAACAUCCCUCCCAUUCUGGGAAAGGGAAAGCAGCCUCCAGGGAAAUCUGUUUUCUGCCUUCCUGCUUCUAGAACCACCUCAGGUACUGAUGAACCCCACUUAGCACAGCUGAAGGGGUUUGUGAAUACUCCUGCCUAAAUCCCUUCUACUUCACUCCUCAGGGGAGUGAAGCGCCUUAAGAAACAAAGCCCUCUCCUAAUUUAUCUAGCUUGUCAGUCCGGUCUUAGAGAUACCCUCUUUCCUGAAGUGAGGUGUGCCUGUAGGAACACUAUGUGGUCAGCCUGUCCCCAAGGAGAUCUUGUGUCUCCUCUCCAUCUCUGCCUUUGUUACCAGUGUGCAUGUGUUUGUGUGUUUUUUAAUAAAAUAUUGACUCGGCCAGUU